GCCGCCGCCUCGAGUAUGACGCACCACAACAUUGUCUGCGAGUGGCUGCGCACCAUCGGGCUGGGCCACUACGGCGAGAGCUUCCUGGAGAACGGCUACGACGAGCUGGAGAUCUGCAAGCAGAUCGGCGAGAUCGACCUGGACGCCAUCGGGGUGGACAACCCCUCGCACCGCGGCAAGCUCCUCAAAAGUGUUCGCAUGCUGCGCGAGAAGGGCGCCGCCAUCGUCUACGUCCUGAUCAACGAUCCCAAGGCCCUCAGCAGCAGCAACGAGAUCCUGGCCUCCGACUGUGAUACGCCGGUGACCAUGAAGGAGCUGGAGGCGGUCAUGAAGCGCCACCUCGAGGCGGACGGCAUCCGGCUGACCGCCCAUCCAUAUUCCACGCCGGAGGGGAAGCGCGGCUACUUGGAGGGCUUGGCCGCCCACUACAGCAAGCAGAUCAACAUGCCCUACGAGGACGUGCUGGACGCCAUCGAGCAGGUGCGCCUCUCCAAGUGGAAGGAGCGCCACGUGCGCAUCUCCACGGGGCACACGCUCUCCCGCCGGAUGGCCGGGCCCAGCUGCAGCGGAACGGGCCUGGUCGGCUCCUCCGUGAUGCCCACCAGCCACAGCCAGCCGCUCUAUGUGCCCGGCAAGUACUUGCCGUCGAGCUGCCUGUCGAAUCGCGAGGAGAACGAGAUCUACAGCUACACGCAGAACGACUUGGCCAACCGCAUGGCCCGCAACGCCAUCGACUCCAAGUCAGCGCUGAAUCUGAACGGGAUGCAGCACAGCUAUCCUGGAGCGAGGACCAAUUUCUUUUACGACUUCUCGGCAACAGAGGGUCGGAACAAACACAAGCAGCGGAGAACGGUCUUCGCCCGCUUUUUGCAGGGACUCCGGCAAAGUGGAGACGAGCUGAACGCCACGGAGGGAAUGCAGCUGAAGACCAACGAGCGCCUGAGGAACUGCAGCACAAUGAAGCGACCAGAGCCGCAUCAGGACUUCGAAAAGACCAUACAGAGACUAAAGACACAGAAGGCGGCCCAGAAGAAGCCGGCAAGUGCCCCACUGGAGAUGGCGCUGCACGAGAGGAACAAGGAGGUGGCCCACACCCACGUGAACGAGAUGCCGCUCAACAAUUACACGAAGCAUCCCUAGGACUCGGCCCUCGGCAGCGCAGCUGCUUAGAUCCUUCGGCCAGGACAACCAGCAAACAGGAGACAAACCCACUCUCACUUAUAGAAAUCGUUGAAUCAAUCAUUAUUCUCAAUCAGGUGAUACACAAUCUUAAGGAAGCAGGAUCAUGAUCUAAAGGAUGAGGCUAAUAAGUAGGAAAGAAAUUAUAUAGCAGGCCAACGAAGCAAUAUCAGUGCACUCACACAGAAACACUUACGAAUAGGAGACAAAUAGCCAUAGGAAUAAUAUCUGCAGCGUUGAGUUUACUUACCCAUAGGACUAAUUGACAGACCACCCAACCUGAUCAGCACCCGAGUCCACUGUAUAGACACCUGACCAUUAAUGAACAGUAAGCCUAGUCUAAGCAGCACUUCGCCUCCCCUUUCGCCCACUGCUACAAUAUCCACACUGCACAGAGAGAAAUAACCCAUCAAGACACCCGCUAAAUUUUUUGUUUUCUUCAAUUAAAUUAUAAAUAUAUAUAAAUAGGUAGGCUUUCCAAAUAUGUAUCAAAAGAUUUUAAAUGUUCUUGAAUAUUUCUUAAAAUCUAAGGAACUUAAAACCAAUAUCACUUCCAGUUAUUCUAUUGCAUUUUCUAUUAUCCAACUUACCAGUAUCCAUUUGGUAGAUAUUUUUUUCUCUGUGUGCGUACUCCCAACCAAUUCCCAACCAGAACCAAUCUCGAAAUGCUCUUGCCCCGAAGUCUAUCGGCAAUUAUUUGAACACCCCGAGAAAGCCGCCGCAGCAGCAGUCUGCGAAUGCAUCGACAACUGGCCGGGGAAUGUUGACAAAACGCAAAAAUCCAACAAGCUUAACGCUAAAUCAACACGCACACACCCGCCCGCACAAGCACACGCACACACACACACACACACACACACUGACAUCCGCAGCCACACUCAGAGCCACACUCACACAGAGGCAGGCCGGCAAACUUGCUCUAACCGCAGACGUUGCACAGACACGAGGACCAGAGGACGGACGGAUACAGAUGCGGAUGCGGAUGCGGAUUCGGCUCUGGCAUUUCCGUUUCAACUUGGCACUGCAUCGAUUUUGGUCUUUGGUUUUUCGGGCUGCAGCUGCCGGCGGA